AUGCUGCACAGACAGAUGCCCGCCUGGCUCUCGCACUACCUACCAGAACUACGCCACGCGGAAGAUGGCAAGCCUUCAGCCCCCCGGGCCUCAGAGGGCGGGCUGUCUCCAUGCCACAUGCUGACCGUGAAGGUCAUCCGGAUGAGAAAUGUCCGACAGGCUGAUAGGGUGAGCCAGACAGACUGCUUUGUGAGCCUCUGGCUGCCCACUGCUUCUCGUGAGAGGCUGAGGACUAGGACCAUCUCCAACUGCCCAAACCCAGAGUGGAAUGAAACCUUCAGCUUCCAGAUCCAGAGCCAAGUGAAGAACGUGCUAGAGCUGAGCGUCUGUGAUGAAGACACACUGACACCAGACGACCAUCUCUUGACAAUCCUCUACGACCUCACCAAACUCUGCUUCCGAAAGAAAACCCACGUGAAGUUCCCACUCAACCCAGAGGGCAUGGAAGAGCUGGAGGUCGAGUUCCUGCUGGAGGAGAGUCCCUCUCCACCCGAGAUCCUCAUCACCAACGGCGUGCUGGUGUCUCGGCAAGUCUCCCGCCUGGAAGUUUACGCAGAGUGCAGGAGGCAGAAGAAGAGGAGGAAAAUGAAGGACCUCCUGGUGACAGUGAAGGAGUCCUUCGAGCACACCCAACGUGUCCCAUGCCGCCAGGAGCCCUGCUGCCCAAACCUGGCCUGCUUCCACUACCCCAAGUAUUUCCAGCCCUGCAUGCAUGUGGACGUGCCCACAAGCCAGUGGAGCUAUGGGCUUUGCUGCUGCUGUGCGCACAGCAAGAACAGCCCUGUCCACCAGCCCCUUGACUGCCUCUCUGAUGGCCAGACGGUGACCCUACCUGUGGGCGAGGACUGUGAAUUACACAUGAAGUCUACACCCUGCCCUCAGACGCUGGACGUGCGGCUGGGCUUCAGCCUGUGCCCCGAGGAGCAGGAGUUCCUGGAGAAGCGGAGAGUCGUGGUGGCCGAGGCGCUGCAACAGGUUUUGCAGCUGGAGGAGGACCUGUCUGCGGACGAGGUACCGCUGAUCGCCAUCAUGGCCACUGGGGGUGGAACAAGAUCCAUGACCGCCAUGUAUGGCCACCUGCUGGGGCUGCAGAAGCUGAACAUCCUGAACUGUGCCAGCUACAUCACUGGCCUGUCCGGGGCCACCUGGACCAUGGCUACCUUAUACCGUGAUCCUGACUGGUCCUCCAAAAACCUGGAGCCUGCCAUAUUGGAGGCACGGAGGCAUGUGGUCAAGGACAAGAUGCCUGCCCUGUUCCCAGACCAGCUGGCCAAAUUCCAGGAAGAGCUUCGGCUGCGUAGUCAGGAAGGCUACAAGGUCACCUUUACAGAUUUCUGGGGCCUGCUGAUCGAGGCCUGUCUGGGGGAUGAGAGAAAUGAAUCCAAACUGUCAGAUCAGCGUGCUGCUUUGUGCCAGGGCCAGAACCCCCUGCCUAUCUACCUCACCAUCAAUGUCAAGGAUGAUGUAAGCAACCAGGAUUUCAGAGAGUGGUGCGAGUUCUCCCCCUACGAGGUGGGCCUGCAGAAGUACGGGGCCUUCAUCCCCACGGAGCUCUUCGGCUCUGAGUUCUUCAUGGGGCGGCUGAUGAAGAGGCUCCCAGAGUCGCGGAUGUGCUACAUGCUAGGCUUGUGGAGCAGUAUCUUCUCCCUAAACUUGCUCGAUGCCUGGAAUCUAUCCCAAAGCUCGGAGGAGUUCUUCCACAGGUGGACGAGGGAGAAAGUUAAUGACAUCGAAGAUGAGCCACUCCUGCCUGAAAUCCCCAAAUGUAAUGCGACUGUCCUGGACACCGCGGUGGUGAUCCCGGGGUCGUGGCUGUCCAACACUUUCCGCAGCAUCCUCACCCACCGGGCCUUCGUGUCUCAGUUCCACAACUUCCUGCUGGGGUUGCAGCUGCACACCGACUACCUCCAGAGCAACCAGUUCUCCAUGUGGAAAGACACAGUGCUGGAUGGCUUCCCGAACCAGCUGACAGAGUCUGUGAACCACCUGUGCCUAUUGGACACCGCCUUCUUCGUCAACUCCAGCUACCCGCCCCUCCUGAGGCCUGAGAGAAAAGUGGACCUCAUCAUCCAUCUCAAUUACUGUGCUGGGUCCCAGACAAAGCCCAUGAAGCAAACCUGUGAGUACUGCUCCUUGCAGAACAUCCCCUUCCCCAAAUACGAGCUGCAAGAGGAUGAGGAAAACCUCAAGGAGUGCUACUUGAUGGAGAAUUCCCAGGAGCCUGACUCCCCCAUCGUACUUUUCUUCCCACUCAUCAGUGACACCUUCCAGAAGUACAAGGCCCCAGGUGUGGAGCGAAGCCCCGAGGAGCUGGAGCAGGGCCACGUGGACAUUUAUGGCCCCAAAACCCCAUACGCUACCAAGGAACUCACAUACACAGAGGCCGCCUUUGACAAGCUGGUGAAGCUCUCUGAGUACAACAUCCUGAAUAACAAAGACAAGCUCCUUCAGGCCUUGAGACUGGCAGUGGAGAAGAAACGCCUGAAGAGCCAAUGUUCCUCCUAAGUCCCAGCGAGCCUCACCGAUCCUGUUGUCUGCUUCUAGGGUCAGAGGCGCUGAGCCCAUGGGGGCUGACUGGCCUGUGCCGCCGGCUCUGCUAUCUGGCGAGGGGUGUAAGCAGGCUGACCUGGGCUUUCUAUCAAAAAAAUAAAAAUUUAAACAAGUUGAGGGAGAUAGAGAAGGAGACAAAGGAAUACAACGUAGGCAAGUGUUGGGAUUUUAGACCCACAGGAAUUUUUUUUUUAAACCUAUCCCUGCAGGGAAGGGGGUCCCAUAGCCACAGGGUCCCACACAUGCCCAAAGUGUGGAGAAUAAAAUCGUGGCCUAUGGAAGAGACUGGUUCCCCCAGAGAUCUCA